AAAAAAAAAAAAACAAGAAAAGAAAAAGUGGUGGACAUUUUAGCUUCAAAUUCUCAUUGCCAUUCGCUGGUUUUUAUUAUCAUCUCUCACUACUUAUCUUCACCCAAUUUUUCUCUCUGAGCUAAGUGGUUCCACACUGUUUCAUAAAGACAACAUACUUUGGGUGUUUCUUUCUUCUUUUUUUUAACCAUGGCUGGUGUUCUUCUUUGGGUGGUAUGUCCCAAAGGGAAUGCCACAGCUUUACUUAGCUUGAUACCAAGGAGUGGGAAGCAUAAAAGGUGUAGGGUACAUCAAAAGGUGAAGUUUUCUACUGGGGUUUCAGCUAUUUCAAGUGCAGUGGCUAACCCAGCACGAUCUUCAGAAGAGAAGGUUUAUGAUGUGGUUUUAAAGCAAGCUGCUUUGGUUAAAGAACAAAGGGGGAAAAAACCUUUGGAUUUAGGAACAAGAACUGAAACUGAUGGAUUCACUGAUUGGGAUCUUUUGAAUGAAGCUUAUGAUCGGUGUGGUGAAGUAUGUGCUGAAUAUGCUAAGACUUUCUAUUUGGGUACAUUACUUAUGACACCAGAGCGUCGGAGAGCUGUGUGGGCGAUUUACGUUUGGUGUAGGAGAACAGAUGAGCUUGUGGAUGGACCUAAUGCUUCACAUAUUACACCAAGGGCACUUGACCGAUGGGAGAAAAGAUUAGAUGAUCUUUUCGAAGGUCGACCUUAUGAUAUGCUCGAUGCCGCUUUAUCCGAUACUGUCUCAAAGUACCCUGUAGAUAUACAGCCAUUCAAGGACAUGAUAGAAGGAAUGAGAUUAGAUUUAAGGAAGUCCAGAUAUAUGAAUUUUGAUGAGCUCUACCUUUACUGCUACUACGUUGCCGGGACAGUUGGACUAAUGAGUGUUCCGGUAAUGGGGAUUGCACCUGAAUCAAAAGCAUCGGUGGAGAGUGUCUAUAAUGCCGCAUUAGCCCUCGGAAUUGCUAAUCAACUUACUAAUAUACUUAGAGAUGUUGGUGAAGAUGCUAGGAGAGGAAGAAUAUAUCUACCCCAAGAUGAACUGGCACAGUUCGGACUGUCGGACGAUGACAUAUUUCGUGGACAAGUAACGGAUAAGUGGAGGAACUUCAUGAAAGAUCAGAUAAAACGAGCGAGGAUGUUCUUCGACGAGGCAGAAAAGGGUGUUUCCGAGCUAAAUGCGGCAAGCAGAUGGCCGGUGUGGGCAUCAUUGUUGCUGUAUCGACAGAUACUAGACGUCAUUGAAGAAAAUGAUUAUAACAAUUUCAGCAAAAGAGCGUAUGUAGGGAAAGUAAAGAAAUUUGCUUCACUACCUGUGGCAUAUGGAAGAGCACUUAUGGGCACUUCCAAAUUGUUCUGAAGUUAGUCAUUUUUACUUUAAUUUCCCCUCUUCUUUUUUUUUUUUAGUUUUAUCCAUAAAAUUUGUUUUUGAUUUGUUGCAAUGCAGCAAGUAAAAUUUGUUAGUAAAUUAUUUUACUGAUUUUCUUGGUAAAAACUUCAAAAAGUAAGAUGGUAUAUGUAUAGGCUGAGUUAAAAUCUGUAAUAUGUUUCAAGUUCAGUAAAAUACAAAAAGAAAAGCUUUGGAUCA